AUGGCAAAUUCCUCGGCAAAAACGCAGAUCAUACCACUGGACAAAAUGCCCCAACAAGCUGGCGUUCGGAAGGCUCAAGAUGAUUGGACUGGAAUCAUAAAUCGGACAGAACGAAGAAAAUUACAGAAUCGACUCAACCAACGACGCUACCAUUUGGUAAUAAUCGCGGAUAUUUCCGUAUCAGGUAUGAGAAGAAAAGACAAUCGAGGGGAAUCAGAUGCUGUCAUCACUACGAUUACUUCCUCUGGCGCCUUCCCCAGUGCGUCCACUCCCGUUAUGUUACCGCUUGAUUCCCAGGCGGUACGUAAGGAAAGCUUUGAAUGCGCACACGCACCUCCAAAUGCCUUGCAAUUCCGCGAAUGGUUUGAGAAAAUUGCGUAUCAAAGCUAUAUUCAAGGCUCACCCAACAGAGACCACUUGAUAAGUCUGAGUCGACUCAACGUGCAUCAAGCUAUCAACGAGAACAUUGCUGCAAUUGGCAUGACAACUGCAUGGAUGCAAAGCGAUGAUUCAAUCUCAAUAUUUAAUCUCAAACAACCCAGUUAUUCAGUCGAGAGAAUUCCGCACUGCUUACGUCCAACUUUCCUUCAGUUGCAUGUUCCUCAUCAUCCUUGGCUGGACUUUUUCCCCUUCCCAAGCAUGCGCGAUUGCAUGAUUCUUGCUGGUGACGGUUUUGAUGACGAUGACCUGUGUCAUGAUCUCAUGGCAUUCUGGGACACGAGAAAUACCGCCGCCACAUUACUUGUAUGGGGAGACUCGUGGGAUGCAAAUAAUUGGGAAGUUACAGAAGGCUUUGCACAUAAAUGGAAAUGGCUACUCCGCGACUCACCUGAGCUAUUAGCUUCCACAAAUCGCUGGAGAAAGUCAAGAGGGGAGAGGCCCAUUGUUUGGAGACGUAUCUUGAUAGAUCCAUAG